ACCUAGUAGGAGUUCAGAUGCGAACUUCAAAUCUCUAACGUAAACCCCUUCUUCCGACUUCAAUUCUCUUUAUCGACUCUUUACUGCCACAAUAGUAUCUACACACAUAAAGUUUUUGUCUCUACAAAUAUCAAGCAGUAGCCUAGGUUAGGGCGAUUGUUUUAUUUGGUCACUCGUUUUAAUCAUGGCUUCCGAAACAGCGUUGACGUUCGGCGUCGAGCUAGAGUUUAUGGUUACUGUCAACCACAGCUAUUAUAGAAACCAAGCAGCACUAUGGGCAAUGGCAGAACUUUUCUUGAGAAAUCUGAAGAAUCUGGCAACCUCCUUGCCUUGUGCCUGUAUCACGGCUAAACUGAACAAAUCUAAGGGCCAAGGCUAUCGGAGUGACUAUCCGGCUCCCCAUAAAGUGCCGAUAGAAAAGAAGGAGUGGAGGGAUCAUUAUUGCUUCUCCGAGGACGUAACCAUUUAUCCAAACUUCAAAGAAGAAAUGAAAUUAGAAGCAGAAAAAAAACGCGCGGUUGGCUUGGAGGUUUCCACACGCGCCCUUGACUUUGAUAGGCAAGGAUGUCCUGAGUUGAAAACUGCUUUCGCGGCCCUCCGUAAUGGCGGCGAACUCACGAAUAAGGAUAUUGCUGAAGAGUUCAAACCCUCGACUCACAGCACAGCUGGACUCCACGUCCAUGUCGGCGUCAAAGAUGGACUCAGCCUAGAGACAGCCAGACAGGCAGCUGUUCUCGGCUGGCUUUUAGAGCCAUGCCUCUUUUCCCUCUGCAAUGCUGAUCGGGGAAUGAAUUGGCACCAUGCACCAAUCCGAAAACAAUCCAUGUUAUCACGACGCCCAUCGACAUCUGGUCACGACGAUAUGGGGGUACCUGAUUCCCUCUAGGAUAGCCUUGCUUCAGCCUCCAGAAACGUCAAUACAGAAUUAGCACAUACAACAAUUCUAACAGUAUCCAUCCCCCAAACCUUCUCAGAUGAGGACAUAAUACGGAUCAAGACAA